AUGCUAACGAUGAUGAAACUGCAAGGAGGACUUCUCCAAUGGAGUCCUACCAGCUUAAUUCCGUCGAUUAACACAGCUAUCAAAACGACCCAUCUCUCUAUAUCCGCCUGCGUUGCCGAACAGAACCACCAAUUGACGGCGAGGGAGAGGCGGCAGCUCCGGAACGAGCGGCGGGAGAGCAAAUCGGGGUAUAGCUGGCGAGAAGAAGUGGAGGAGCGUCUGAUUAAGAAACCGAAGAAACGGUAUGCGUCGUGGACGGAGGAGCUGAAUCUGGACACUUUGGCUGAGUCGGGUCCGCAAUGGUGGGUCGUGAGGGUUUCGAGACUUCGGGGUCAUGAGACUGCUCAGGUCUUAGCUCGAGCUCUGGCUCGUCAAUUCCCUGAAAUGGAAUUCACGGUGUAUGCUCCAGCUGUUCAGGUAAAGAGAAAGCUAAAGAACGGUUCUUUAUCGGUUAAACCGAAACCCGUGUUCCCGGGUUGCAUUUUCAUCAGAUGUAUAUUGAACAAAGAGAUCCACGACUCCAUAAGAGAGUGUGAUGGGGUUGGAGGUUUCAUAGGUUCAAAAGUUGGAAACACCAAGAGACAGAUUAAUAAACCGAGACCAGUAGACGACAGUGACUUGGAAGCCAUUUUCAAGCAAGCAAAAGAAGAACAAGAGAAAGCAGACAGUGAGUUCGAGGAGGCACAGCGAGCUGAAGAGGAAGCGAGUAUAGCAUCACAGAAACUUGUCGCAUCUAAUUCGGAUGUUACUGAGACUGUAGAAUCUCUCACGGAAUCUAAACCGAAAAGAGCCUCGAGAAAAAUUAGUCUUGCUACUGAAACAAAGGAUUCGAAGGCGAAGAAGAAGAAGAAACUCGCGGCUGGUUCUACGGUUCGAGUUCUAUCAGGGACAUUUGCUGAAUUUGUUGGUAAUCUAAAGAAACUGAACCGCAAAACCGCAAAGGCAACGGUGGGAUUUACUUUGUUUGGGAAGGAGACUCUAGUGGAAAUUGACAUCAAUGAACUUGUUCCUGAGAUUCAGUCUUAA